AUGCACGAUCUCGAGAUCCUCCGGAGUGGAGGCUACAAGGACGCGGCACUGACAAAGCUUAAGCUGACAUGUCCCUUGCAAACCUUUCCCACCGAGAUAUUCGACCUGGGACCGUCCCUUGAGCAGCUCGAUCUCUCAGGCACUGGACUUUCCUCCUUACCGCCAGACUUGGAUCAGAGACUACCCAAUCUGAAGAUUGCCUUCUUCUCGCAAUGUGCUUUCUCCACAUUUCCCUCGGCGCUGGCCUCUUGCCCGCGGCUGGAAAUGGUCGCCUUUCGCGGCAAUAGCAUGGCAGUGAUACCUGAGGAUUCCCUACCGCCACAGCUGCGCUGGUUGAUCCUGACAGACAACAAGCUCUCUUCACUUCCAAGAAGCAUUGGCAAGUGCGAGAGGCUGCAAAAGUGCAUGCUGGCGGGCAACCGGUUGCAGACACUGCCCGACGAAAUGCAGCACUGCAACAGGUUGGGUCUGCUGCGUCUCAGCUCCAACAGACUGCACAACCUGCCAGAUUGGCUUUUCCAUAUGCCUGAGCUUGCGUUUCUCAGCUUUGCCGGCAACCCCUGCUCCGCGUCCGAGGCCGUCGCCCUGUCCGAUGACCGCCAGCUCGGACUCGCGCACGUGGACUGGUCAGAACUGGAGGUUCAGCACACACUGGGUGAAGGGGCGUCUGGCAUAAUUUCGAAAGGUCUCUGGCACAUCGACCCAAGUACCACAGAAGAGGUUGCCAUCAAACUCUUCAGAGGCGCGCUCACCAGCGACGGCACGCCCGAGGACGAAAUGGCAGCAUACAUCGCCGCCGGGCAGCACCAAAACAUCAUCGACGUCCUCGGGCGGAUCCACGGUCACCCGGAUGAGGCUAACGGCGCCUUCAAGGGCGGGUUGGUAAUGCAGCUCAUCCCCCCGUUUUAUCAGACGCUGGGCCAGCCGCCGUCGCUUCUGACGUGCACGAGGGACACCUACCCCGAUGGCGCGAGGCUGUCAGUGGAGAACGCCCUGAGCAUCUUGGAGGACAUCGCAGCAGCUGCCGCGCAUUUGCAUUACAAGAAGAUUGCCCACGGGGAUCUGUACGCGCACAACAUCCUCACGAGCGAGGACGGCCACGCACUACUGGGUGACUUUGGUGCGGCGACAGUCCACGGCGGCAAGGUCCCUCCGCUGGUGGAGAAGUUGGAGGUCUUGGCCUUCGCCCACCUUGCCGAGGAUCUGCUCGGCCUCGUCACUGUCACCACAGAUGAGCACCGUGCGAUGGUAAAGGCACUGCAGGACCUUCACCAGCGGUGCUCCGCCACGACUGUGCAUGCUCGUCCGACGUUUAAACAAAUGCUUUUCGAGAUCAAACGGAUCCAUGGUGGCAAAUCCCCGUGCAGGCUUCCCAACUGA